CCUUAAGGUUUUGUCGCCGGUGACUUACUACUCGACGGAGAUGGCACUAUCUCAGUCGAUUUCAUUCCCGACUGUACACAAUCACCAAUUCUUUGGACCAUCUCAAAAUCAGAGAACGUUGACUCUAUCAAUGACGGAAACUCCGAUAUAUCGUUUGGUUUCUUCAUUUCAAACGGCGAGAAGCAAACCCUGUUCUCCUCUACGGACCAUCAGCUGCGUCGCCGGAGCUAAUUCGUAUGAUGAAAUUGGAGAAGUAUCUUCUUCUCUCUCUACUUCGAUCACUUCAAUUUUCGUGAAGGGGAUUCCAGAUUCAGUUAGUGAAGGUCGGUUAAAGAUAGUCUUCUCUGAGUUUGGACAAGUUAGCAAUGUGAAAAUCAUCAUAAACGAAAAGACUCAGCAGUCUCUAGGAUAUGGAUAUGUUUGGUUCAACAGCAAAGAGGAUGCACAGUUGGCUGUGGAAGCUAUGAAUGGAAAGUUCUUUGAUGGCAGGUUCAUUCUUGUUAAAUUUGGUCAGCCUGGAUUGUCCCGUCACCGUAAACCACAUUCCGGUUUCCUUUUUGUAAAUAAAUCAUAAAUCAUCUUAAAUGAGCGAAUGUAAUACUAGUACUAUGUAACUCGGAUUCCAAAGGUCGGAAGUAAAUCAAGUAAUCAAUAUCACAUUGAAUUCAAA